GCCUCUUACAGCUUCCUCGAGUUCACCCGUGGUCCAUCGUCACAGAAUAUUUCCUAUUCAUCUUAGUAUUUUUCCAUCCUUAUCGAUCAUAAUUUUUAGUCCCAAACUUUCUUAGGGUGGACUGAAUGAAUUCAUUUCACAUGUGCUAUUCUAUACUGGUUCAAUGCUACGCUUAUGUCUAUUUGUUUAUUUCUAAUCAUCAAAAUGAAUUACAAUUCUCCACUAGGGAUUUAAUAGCUUACUUUUCAUCAAAAUAAUCAGUUAUUUCUCAAAAGGUCCUGAACACAUGUUUUGUCGUAACUCAGGACUCUUCAGUAUCGUAAAACCAGAUCUCUCACAAGGAAUGAAAAACGCAAGCUUCAGUUCUAACCCUGAGCGUGACACCUAUACGAAAUCAACGUAGCAUAUGUUCAGUUUAUUUACUUUGAAAUUUGGUACACAAUCGUUAUCAUCGACACCAAACAUCUCAUUACUGAAUCAGUCGACUUCGGAGGUUGCAACCUUCCACUACAGCAUCGAAUAAAAAUUUUCAGUGGGAAUCUCUGACUUGGUGAGUCACUCGUGAAGAAUUAGGAUAAUUACUUACUGACUUAUAGUUCCUCUUUAUCCUAGACUACUUGAUGCAAUGUUGAGUUCUGAUUCAAUAACUGAUUGACGUCGUGUUUCACACGAAACCUGAAUGCUGUGGUCGUGGUUGUGUUCGACCGUCAAUAAAUCUAAAACUGGCAAACAAUAUUAGCUGAAUCUUUAGGGUCCUGACCUAAAUCAAAGCUAUGUAAAAAUUUGACUAUCCAAUUAAAAAAACCAAUGAUAGUUCUUGGUAGUUGGCAAGGUAGUUAGUAUAAACGACGUUUUGUGCAAACUAUAACCUAUGCUACUUGGAUAUCAAUAAUAAAAGUUUGGUGAAAAAAAAUGUUUAAACAAUAUGAAAAUAAACCUUUAUGCUAUGAAGCAGUACACAAAAUUACUGAACAUUGUGUGUACUAUGUAAUUAAAUUAUAGGUAAAUGAGGAUAAUAUUCGUCAAGGCUUGAUAUCAGCUAUUGAAAACUAAAAAGAAAUUGAUGGCUGUUUUAUCUCAUUCUUGAACUUUGAUCAAUUAUGGUCCUGUCAUUGACAAAUAGCAGUGCUUUCAAGCGUUGUACUGAUUACAUUACUUUUAUACAACUGAACUGGUGAUAAGUCUUUUUUAAACAAAAAACAUCAAACAUUAACUUCUAACUUUGUAUUUUUUAAUUAGCAAAAUUUUUGUUCAUCGAUUUCAGAUAUAAUGUUUAGGUCAAAAUAUGUUGGUUCAUAUGGAUCCUUUUCUCGCGAAUGGGAACCUCCACCACAACCUCCGCCACGACCUCCACCGUUGCCACCGCGUAUACCACAAGAAUAUGACCCAUAUAUUGGUCCAGGAAAAUGGAAUAGAGGUCGUAUUAAAUCGUUUAGUGUGACCGAACACUUUGGCAGUAUUGUAGCAGAUUUUCGUAAUUUGGACGUUUUUUUCCACCAAUCUAACGUAUACGGAAUUUCUGCGGAGCAGUUAUAUCCAGACUUACCAGUUUGGUUUCAAAUACGUCCAGGUGUAAGAGGAUUAGAAGGAUAUAAUAUUCAACCAGCAAUUGAAAUGAGAGAAUUUCCUUCAACAUCACGAAUUCCAUGGUCAGAACCAGCAGUUCGUCAACCCUUAUUUCCUCUUAGUUCAGAGCCACUUAGAAUGAGAAGGUUACCUGAAAGACGUAGAACAAGACGAUUUCGCUGUUAUAAUUGUGGACAAUACGCUUCACAUAAAGCUGCCACAUGUCCGUUCGAACCUAUGCGACGACGUUGUUAUCGAUGUCGUGAUCCAAAUCAUUUAAUAGCUCAAUGUCCAUUAUUACAUUCACUUACACCGCAUUGUUAUUUGGUACCUGGACCGUCAACUUCGCAGGUACCCCCACGAUUUUCAGAAGCACGUUUACGCGUACCACAACUGACCUUAACGACAGCACAACAACAGUUACCCCAACAAACCCAACAGCCAUUUAUGCAAUAUUUUUUCCCACCAGGGUUUGGUGAUGAUGAUGACGAUGAACAUGAUGACUUUAGGGAUCAAUAUCAAACAAUAAAACUAGAAUGA